AUGAGUAAUAAUCGACAAACUCAUCGUUCUUCACGUAAUUGCACACAUACUGAUUCUUCACCCAAUUAUCGCAAUCAUCAACAACGUCAACAACAACGAAGCUAUAAUCCGCGUACUUCAAGGGGCCCCAAUUUUGGUGCUCCGUAUAAUCAUGAUAAUGAGGAUGAUAAUCAUGAUCAUGAGGUGAAAGAGGACUAUCUGUUGAAGUAUUUGAAAAUAAGAACUUACUAUGGUGAAGAUGAAAUCGAUUUCGAAGUAGAAUCAGAUAUUUGUGCUAUAUGCCAAUGUGAAUAUGAAGACGAAGAGAGCAUUGGAGAACUGCAUUGCGGACACAAAUAUCAUACGGAUUGCAUCAAACAGGCGCUGUUGAACAGGAAAGUUUGCCCGAUAUGCAGAGCAAGAGUUUUGCCUUUCACAGAAACAGUUAACGUUUGA